AUGGAACCGUGCCCUGUGUUGCAAAUUUGCCCAGAAGAGACAGAAGAGAAUUCCUUGGCUGCGGAUCUUAUGAUCAUGUACUCUAAAGUUUUUUUUUUUGAACUUACUUUAAUUUUUUUUUUUUCGUUUCAAUCCAUUUUAGGUAGAAUCAAUGCAAAAAAAGGAGUCGCAUUUUUUUAAUUUUCAGUGGGCUUUUUUUAUCAUCUAGAAUGCUACUUAGACUUAAAGUUCCAAGAUUUUUAUCGCAUAUAUAUGUAGAGUUGGUAAAAGUUUCUUUUUCUAUGCUGUUUUUUUAGAUCGAUGUUUGUGUUUAUUAUAAGUUUAUAUAGGCAAAAUGAUACUCUUUUCGCACCGUUUUCAAAUUAUCAUCGACAUUUAAUUCAACGGAUGUAAUUAUUAAUACAUUUCUCCAGUUUUCUUUUUGAAAGUACUGAAACUUAUAAAAUAGAUAUCAUGUUUUUAUUUCUCGUCGUUCAAGUACACGUUCUUAUGUCGGUUUGUAGUAUUUUUGUCGGUUUUUGCGCCUAUUUUAGAACCAUUUUUAUUAAAUGAAUUGUUACAGUAUGGGUGCUCGAAAAAAGUUGCAUUAUAAACGCCUGGCGAACCUAAGAAAUGCGAGAAACCGGGCCAACCUUUUGAAAGCCGCGAAUUCAUCUGUUGGCACCAUACAAUUCGACACGAAUGAAGACGAAUCGGCUCAGCUCACGUCUGAGCUACCGGAGAGCCAAGAAGAUGUUCUACCGGAAAAGCCGUGUUUCUCUAAAAUCUUCCAAUAUUCCACUUGUUCUACAAUCCACCAGUCGAAUGUUCGUUUCCUGUAUGCGGACGUCUACUCCAGGGUCCGAAAUACUUCGCACCUUCUGAAACAAACCGAAAACCUCUUUGAACAAGCCGAUGGGGUUUUUCUCAAAGAAACUCCAGAAUCGACAACUUUAAAGGCGUUGCGCAACUCCUUCCUGGCUUUCAAAAGCGACGCCCAGGAGUUGACCAAGCUUCUCGGCGUCUUGAAACAAGAGAAUCAAGCUGGAAUUUCUGAACUGGAGAGGAAAUUCGAGCAACUUCUUGACGAGAAGGAAGCUUUGAUUGAACGACUACAGGUCAGACCAUGGACCAAGAUGAUUCACAAGAAUAACGAGCGACUGAACAACGAGGUAGCGUCUUUUUUCUUUCAAAAUAACUAUCUUUUCAUCACUUGGAGCGGAAUUCGAGUGUUUGCGAAGCGGUCGUGACUCGUUUUGAGAGCCAAUUUAAAAAUUAUCGCAUCAGUGGAAUUUUUCGGAUGUAAUAUCUCAACACCUAAAUCCGUGCAAGGUACAACGCAUCGCGACCGUUCGCAAGUUUGAGAAAGUUCUUUAUGAUCGUUUUUUUUUUCGCCUUGACCUUUUGAACCUUUUUAAGCUAAAUUUUAGUCUAAUGAUUUUCAUUCCAAUUGAAAUAGUUUUUUGUUAUAAGUCAUAGCUAUGCAUAGGUUUUUGAUAAGAUUUUCAGAAUUUUUCGUGACAUAAAUAAGUUAAAUGAAAAGCGACUUUUACUCAAGUAAUGACCCACCAUCUGAAAAAAUGUUUUAGUUAGAACUAUGAGAAAUGAAAAACGAAAAAUGAGUUUUUCAGUUCAAAAAAAGGUUGUUUGAACAUUACAAUAUCCCGAAAAAAUUGCAGGAUUUUUUCGUUUUAAAAAAAUGAUAAAUGUAGGAAAAAUUUCCCCUGGCCUGAUUCGCUAGGAUCCCGAAACUUGAAGCACCCUAGUAACACUCGUUUGAAAAAAAAAAUUGCUUUUUUCGUUCCCUAAAGUCAUUGAAUUGAACUCUUUCAGGUGGCAAUGUACAGAUCAGUGAUGGACCUGCGCGCCCGCAAGAUUGACGAUCUUCACGAGGAACUUGAAGGAACUUCUGAGGCUUUGGACAACGCUCACCACGCGCUUCAAUCCGAGAGAUCCAGAAUUCGAGGUCUCCGUGGCGACUACGACGAAUUGCGCGAAAAAUAUAGGAGAUUGACCAAGCAGCUUCAACAGAGAGACCGUCAAAUCGAAACUCUUCGCGAGAAAUUAGAAGUCACGAAUCGGGACAACACGAAAAUUGGCCGACAAUUGGCUCGUUGCAAGGGCAGGCUCAAAAAACUUCGCGACGAGUCUCCAGAAUCUUCGGACUCGUCGACGUCUUCCGAGUUUCAUAAGAGAGUGGUAAGGAUAAAGAUAGUUUCAGUGGAAUUUAUUAAAUUAAUUUUCAGGAUAAUGAAAAAUUCUCAACGCGCUUUUCUGAUGAUUCUCAAUCCUGA